AUGACACUUAUUGAUUCAGAUUCUGACGAAGAAUUUGAGAUAGCGAGGCAACUUGUUUUGGAAGGAGAAGGAUCAAGCUCAGGUGGUUCUUCUAAAAAUGCACGUAGAUUCAUAAGGCGCAAUCGAUUGCAAGCCCACCAAAAUCUAUUUUGUGACUAUUUUGCUGAUCCUCCAAUCUAUCCUCACAAAUAUUUUCGAAGGAGGUUCCGGAUGAGUCGUCCUCUAUUUCUUCGUAUCCAAACUGCAGUAGAAGCCCAUGAACCUUAUUUUGUCCAAAGACGAGAUAGUUCUAGAAGGCUUGGUUUUUCUUCCCUUCAAAAAAUAACAGCUGCUCUAAGGAUGCUUGCAUAUGGUGUCGCGGCUGAUUUUAUGGAUGAAUAUUUGAAGAUUGGAGAGACUAUUGCAUUAAGAAGCCUAAAGAUGUUUGUCAAAGCUGUUGUUUCAAUUUUUUCUGAAGAGUACUUAAGAAAACCCAACAAUGAUGACAUUGUUAGAUUACUAGCAGUUGGUGAGAAACAUGGAUUUCCAGAAUCAGUGGCUUCUUACGAUCUAUGGAUUUGGCAUGCCUUUUUUGGGUUACCGGGGUCUCAUAAUGAUAUAAAUGUUCUUGAUAGAUCAUUUAUAUUUUCUGACCUUGCUCAAGGGCGUACUCCGACUGUUAAUUACACUAUUAAUGGUCAUAACUAUGCAAUGGGGUACUAUCUUGCUGAUGGAAUUUAUCUGCAAUGGGCAACAUUUGUUAAAACUAUCUCAGCUCCACAAGGAAACAAGAAAAAAUAUUUUGCUGCAGCCCAAGAGUCUGCACAGAAGGAUGUGGAGCGUGCCUUUGGUGUGCUUCAAGCACGAUUUGCUAUAAUUCGUGGACCUGCACGGUUUUUCCACAUUGAAACACUCAAUGAAAUUAUGAUGGCAUGCAUAAUUUUACAUAAUAUGAUCAUUGAAGAUGAACGGGCUGCCAAUGGAGAAGAAGAGUUCGAAUAUGAACAGUUGCCAGAAACAUACAAUGAUCCAGUGUCAACCAGCCCUACACCUGAAUUUAGCGAGUUCAUUCAACGUCAUCAUGCUCUUAGGGAUAGAAGAAUCCAUUCUCAACUCCAAACAGAUCUCGUCGAGCACUUAUGGCAACAAUAUAGUGCCGCAUAA